AUGGAAGUCAAUAGGACUCUGCUGACUGAGUUUGUUCUCAGAGGAAUUACAGAUCUCCCAGAGAUGCAAGUUCCCCUGUUCCUGGUGUUUUUCUUCAUCUACAUCACUACCAUGGUGGGCAACCUUGGCUUAAUUUUUCUCAUCUGGAAGGACCCACAUCUUCACACUCCUAUGUACUUUUUCCUUGGAAGUUUAGCCUUUGCAGAUGCCUGUACUUCAUCCUCAGUGACUCCUAGGAUGCUUGUCAACAUCUUAGACCAUGAUAAAAUGAUUUCCCUCCAUGAAUGCAUGGCCCAAUAUUAUUUUUUUGGAUCCAGUGCCACCACAGAAUGUUUCCUUCUGGUAAUGAUGGCUUAUGACCGCUAUGUUGCCAUAUGCAAUCCUCUCCUCUAUCUUGUGGUGAUGUCCAAUAGAGUGUGCACUUGCCUGAUAGGUGUUUCAUAUACAAUUGGUUUUCUGCAUCCACUUGUCCAUGUAGGAUUAUUAUUUAGAUUAACAUUCUGCCAGUCCAAUAUAAUAGAUCAUUUCUACUGUGAGAUCUUGCCACUCUAUACACUUUCAUGUACUGACCCAUCUAUUAAUGCAUUGGUGGUCUUCAUUUUUGCUGCUGUCAUACAAGCUAUUACUUUCAUGAGCAUCAUGGUCUCCUAUGCUCAUGUUCUCUUUUCCAUCCUGAAAACAAAGUCUGAGAGGGGCAGAAGCAAAGCAUUCUCCACCUGCAGUGCCCACCUGCUCUCUGUCUCCUUGUUCUAUGGCACUCUCUUCUUCAUGUAUGUGAGCCCUGGGUCUGGACCAAGUAAAUAUAAGGAUAAGAUGUAUUCUCUGUUCUACACCAUUGUGAUUCCUCUGUUGAACCCCUUUAUUUACAGUUUAAGAAAUAAGGAAGUUUUAGGUGUUCUGAGAAAACUCAUAAAGUCAUAA